GCAUUGAUGACAGUAUGUGUAUUAUAAUAAACAGCACAUCUUCUUAUUAUCUCAUCACAGUUGCUUGAGGAACAGUCAAGCAUGCCAGGAGUGAGCAUGCCAGAACCCAGUGCACAAGAGGCAGGACAUGUGCACGAGGUCGCGGAUAUGCCUUCUGUGCCUCCUUCACCUGCUUUGGACAUAUCGGUGGGUGACGUACAAGAAGACAUCAGUGGAGACAGCACUGGGUUUGACUGCACACAUAUUCUUAUAUGUGACGAACAAAAUGACCCAUUGAGCUUCACUGAUGACACAAGUUCAGUAGGGACACCUGGGCCAUCCGUUCAGUCAUCCAGGCUGUCGUCUGUAGGCACUUCCCCGCUUGCCUCCCUUACCAGCCCAAGCACCAGCAGAGGCGUGCUCGUGACAGUUGGAUGUCAUGGGGAACUGUCCAGUUCAUUCGGCAUUUGUGCAUGCUGAUGAUUCUUACUAACCCUCAUACAUGUUACAAUGAAUUGUACUCAGUCUGAGCCAAUAAAAAUGGAUUCUAUCGACCACAA